CGAAGAUUUUGUCGGUGGCUUAGGGGCUGAAGGAGAUGUGUGUACUGCUACAGUACACUUGUCAACGCGAAUCCAGCAAACCAUUGACACGCUCUUGCGAGUACCUGGGACAGGAGUUGCUGCCAGCAGUUCGGUGAACGAUAGUAGACUUCCAUUGAAGUGGAGGGCAGGUGGGAGAGAUUUGACGACAUCCUUACGGCGAGUUAGAAAAUUAGAAUUACAUCAGUCUCCGAUUGUUCCGAGAGCAUGCUUGUUGACUUUUUUCAAGUAAGUAGAAUGAGCAUACGGUACUACUAGAACUAGGGAAGAUGUUAUUUACUGAAAAAUGUGUAUGCUGUAAGCAUAGAAACUUUGAUGCGACAUGCUCUAAUCCCAGUUACCACGGAAAAGGUCCUUGUUGAUCAUGAGGACCAUAAAAAUGUUGGAAGCCCUACUGGCGAUGGAUGGGAGCAAAGUUAUCCCUCAUCGUACCGGUUUGGGGAUCGCAAUAUCAAAGCAGACAAGAACGCACAGGCGAAAGCCUCAUUAUUGGCGAAAGGAACUAUGAGAAUAGGAGUUUAAGGUAGUUUGAGAUGUGGUUACCGUGGUAAGAACCCGUCCUCUGCUCUAUGUUUCCUCCUGUAGUUGUUGUUUCCACCCCUGUAGUUGUAGUUGUUGUUGUUUUUCUUUCCGCCUAUUCCUAGGCGUGUCUACUUUUCGCGUCACGCAUAAAUAAUCUCCGCCUCCUAACUAUCAAUCUCUAUCUUUCAUACUCCACGCGCGCAAGGAGAAGGAAUUUCCGCACGUCAUCCUGAAUGAGGAGGAUGAGAAGGCUUUAUUUGACGUGUCGGUCAAGUUGAAGUAUGCCGAUUUGCAGGCGGUGGGGGAAGCCUGUAAAGACCUACGAUGUAAAAUCUCGGACUUCCCUCCUCAAGUUUUCCUUCAGAGGCCGCACAUUGUAGAAGCGCUUGGGUCAGUUUUGAGCGGGAAUGCGGAUUGUAGAGCGUACUGA